AUGGUCAGGUCCAGAGGAUCGCAUGCUGAGUUUGAGAACAGGCCCAGAGGGUUGCCUAAUCUGCGUGACUCCAUGGUAGGUCUCAGAGAGGCUCAUGGCAGGCAUAUCCUUGAGAACGGACCCAGAGGGUCGCUUGAGAAGAAUGGGGUAGGCUUCAGAGAGGCUCCUGUUAAAACUGUCGCCGCUACUUUGACUAUGCAACGAGGAGAGCUUAAUCCUUGGAGGUUUGCUCUUCUAGUAGGCACACGACAUCGUCAGUAUGAGAUGAACACAGUCAAAUUUGAUCAUUCUGCGACCUACCGCCUGCUCCUAAAAGUCACCGUGAAGUGA